AUACUAUACUCAAACACUUAUCAUUUCAGUUUCUCAGACCUCCCAACUUUUCAGCAAAGAUAUCUUAUCAGUACUGAUCACUGGUCAGGUCCUAAACGAUUAGGUCCAAUUUUCUUAUACUGUGGAAAUGAAGGUGAUAUUGAAUGGUUUGCUUCUAACACUGGUUUUGUUUGGGAAAUUGCUCCUCGGUUUGGUGCUAUGGUUGUUUUCCCUGAACAUCGAUACUAUGGGAAAUCAAUGCCGUAUGGAAGUAGAGAAAAGGCGUAUAAGGAUUCUGCAUCAUUGGCACAUCUUACUGCUGAACAAGCAUUAGCGGAUUUCGCGGUUUUAGUGACUGAUUUGAAAAGGAAUUUGUCUGCUGAGGGGUGUCCUGUUGUGUUGUUUGGUGGAUCAUAUGGUGGAAUGUUAGCAGCAUGGAUGAGAUUGAAGUAUCCACAUAUUGCUAUCGGAGCACUUGCUUCUUCUGCACCAAUACUGCAAUUUGAAAAUAUUGUGCCUCCAGAAACAUUCUAUGACAUCGUAUCCAAUGAUUUCAAGCGUGAAAGCGUGAGCUGCUUUGACUAUAUUAAGAAUUCAUGGGAGGGGAUAGAAGCUGAGGGAAAGAAGGCUGACGGUUUAUCACACCUAACCAGAACAUUCCACUUGUGCCAGAAGUUGAAUAGCACUGAUGACCUGUCAAACUGGUUGAGCUCUGCCUAUAGUUAUUUGGCAAUGGUGGAUUAUCCUUAUCCUUCAGAGUUUCUGAUGCCUUUGCCUGCCAAUCCUAUAAAAGAGGUAUGCAGGAAAAUCGAUGAUCAUCCUCGGGAAGCUGGUGUUCUAGAGCGCAUAUUUUCAGGAGUUAGCAUCUAUUACAACUAUACUGGAACUGUUGAUUGCUUUGACCUUGGAGAUGAUCCACAUGGAAUGAGUGGUUGGGACUGGCAGGCUUGCACUGAAAUGGUUAUGCCUAUGUCCAGCAGCAAACACAACAGCAUGUUUCCGGCAUAUGAUUAUAACUACUCUUCUUUCCAAGAUCAAUGCUAUAAGGAUUAUGCUGUCAAGCCAAGAAAUCGAUGGAUUACCACUGAAUUUGGUGGUCACGAUUUGAAGACGACUUUGAAAGCAUUUGGAAGUAACAUUAUCUUCUCAAAUGGGCUAUUGGAUCCUUGGAGUGGCGGCAGUGUGCUGCAGAAUGUGUCGGAAACAGUAAUUGCUCUAGUUACAAAGCUAGGUGCACAUCACAUAGAUCUAUGUGCUGCGACAAAUGAAGAUCCUGAUUGGUUAUUAGAACAAAGGAGAUCUGAAAUCAAUGUGAUUAAAGAAUGGAUAGACAACUACUACCAAGAAAAGGUGACCCUGCUAAGCAUGUAGAGUCAGAAUGGUAAUCUUACAGGGAUGGGCACUUCAUUGGUGAUGGUAGUUA